GGCUGCGCGGGGCCUUGACUGCACGCGAACAGGGUUCUCGUACUCCCCGGACUUGAAGGGGUCCAAGAGGAGCCGAGGAGAACAGCUGGGGGCAUUGCCAGCAGAGGUGCGCCGACACCCAGGACUGCCACUUCUUCUCGUACUGGCCAGACCGCGGCUGCCACAUCCACGGCAAGGACGCCGAGCCGAAGGAGACGGAGUGGAAGUGGGACCAUGCCAAAUCGAUCGUCAGCGGGCCAUCCCGGUGUGAAGGACGCAGCCGCCUGAGAGGGCGUCUUCAUUCUCGACGACAAGGUGGACACCACAGUGAAGCCGCCGAAGAAGGAGGAGGACAAGAAUACUCAUAAGAAGAAGGAGACGAAGGAGGUUGAGGUGCCCAUGACGUGUCCCGGGAAAUUCAACUUCGACGGCGCGGGCAUCCUGGAGAUUUCUGCUGCCUACAGGGUGGCACGACGAGAAGGCCGGGGGCAGCUCGCAGGCGGUAGAGGUCGACAAAGAUGGCAAGCAGAUUAUACAGAUGGACGGGCGCGCCUAUUUUGCCGAGACGUGCACAGCCGGCGACUACAGCAACGAGCAUUACCAGGCAUUGAACUUGCUGGGGAAGAGGAUGCGGUACACUACCGACAUUUCUGGACAUGAUCAGGUUGCGGCUGCAAUGCUGCCAUGUACCUCGUUUCCAUGAGGCAGAACACCGACGAGUCCGAGUGUCGCGACUACUACUGUGACGCGAACAACGUGUGCGGUGUCUCGUGCCAUGAGAUCGAUAUCCAGGAGGGGAACAUGUACGCGUGGCACUCCACGCUGCACACUCAGAGCGACAGCGACGGAUAUGGCAAAGGCUACGGUGGUGGCGACGGCUGGGAUGGCCCUCGCGACUUUGGGGCCAGCGAGUACUCUCCCGGCGGGAGCUGCAUCGACACUGCGAAGCCGUUCCAGGUGGCAGUCUCCUUCCCGGUCGACGAGCGCGGCAGGCUCCAGGCCAUGGUGGUGGUCAUCUCACAGACGGGCCACGACUGCGAGCUCACGCUGAACCUUGACGAGUACCAGGGCAUGGAUGAGCUCCACGGGGCGCUCGAGGCUGGCAUGACGCCCGUGGUGAGCUACUGGAUCGCGCCCCAGACAUGCUGUGGAUGGACGGCGAGGGCGACGACCAUCAGGGCCCCUGCAAGACGGACGACGUGAAGGCCUGCCCCGACCACGUCAUGUUCUACGACUUCGUCCUCGAGGACAUGGACCCCUUCCAGGUGCCCCCGCCGGCGGUGGAGCCCCCGGCGGAGUCCGCAGAGGAGCCGGCGCCGGAGGAGGCCUACAGGCCGCAGGAGGAGAUGCAGGACGAGGCGGCGGCACCAGAGCCGACGCCUGGGCCGGUGCUGGACGGCGUGGCCGAAGUCGAGGUGCAGCCGCAGGAGAGGAGCAGCACCCAGACGACGAGCCGCACGAGGGGCUGUGCUCGGCCACCCGGACGGAGGACUGCAGGUACACGCAGUGCUGCCAGGAGACGCCGGCAUGCAGUGCUUCGAGAAGGACGAGUACUGGGCCACUUGCCAGAUCGAGUGCGUGCCGGGCAGCAUAGACCGCCUCGACGAGCUGACGUCUGCUCGCGGGGACGACCAUCCGGCGUCGCCCUGGUCCUGCAAUCCCCUCGGCGAGCGGGCGCCCGGGACAGCUGACCCGCGGAUCGUCGAGGAGGCCGACGAGAACGCGCUCGGCCAGGAGCAGGAGGCCGAGGAGUCCGAGGACGACGGGCCCGUCGCGCAGAAGGCUAGUAAGGCAGAGGAAGCCAGGAAGGCCGCGAAGGAGGCUGCGAAGGCCAAGAGGGCAGCUGAGGCUAAGAAGGCAGAGAAAGCCAGGUUGGCGGCCGAGGAGAAGGCAAGGGCGGCCGAUGAGGAAGCCAGGAAAGCAGAGGAGACCAGGAAGGCUGAGGAGGCAGAAACGCUGGCUGAGGAAGAGGAGGCGCGGCGUGAUGCCGAGGCAAAGCGCGCAGAGGAGAAGGCGAAGGUGGUCGCCAAGCGGGAUUCCCAGAAGGAUCUCGACAGGAUGUCAGAUGCCGGGGACGAGAAGAUGGUGCAGGCGAUGGACGCCGACAUCGAUGAAGUCAACAGCCUGCUCCACGAGUUCGACGGCGAGGCCGCCGCCGCCGCGGAGCCCGCCGUCGAGGGCGGCAGCAAGGGCUCCAAGAAGGCGUCCAAGGUGGCCAAGGCCGUGAAGAAGACUGUGGCGCGGAAGCAGAAGAAGGUGCGCACGAACGUGCACUUCUUCCGGCCGAAGACCCUGAUCAAGAAGAGGGACCCAAAAUAUGCCAGGAAGUCCGUGGCCCAGCGGGACAAGAUGGACAAGUACCGGAUCAUCCAGUGCCCAGUGACGACCGAAUCGGCCAUGAAGAAGAUCGAGGAGAUCAACACCCUCGUAUUCUUGGUGGACAUCCAGGCGACCAAGUGCAAGAUCAAGCAGGCCGUGAAGGAGAUGUACGACGUGCAGUGCGCCAAGGUGAACACCCUCAUCCGGCCCGACGGCAGGAAGAAGGCCUACGUGCACCUGACCCAGGACUACGACGCGCUCGACGUGGCGAACCGCAUCGGCAUCAUCCCCUCUCUGGUGGCGCCUCUCUGA